CCGGCCGGCAGCACGCCGGGAACCCUGGUUUCCCGAAGGCAUGCUGGGACUGGGAGUUCGCCCGCUCUACUUCCCGUGCGCCAUGGCCUCGCGUGUGGAGGCAGGAUCGGUGCAGCGCCCGUGUGUGCGGACGGUGGUGGAAAAAUAAGAAACAAAAUGAAAGCUUUCCGAAGCGUCUGUCGGUUCAAGAACCUGCUUGUCAAUUGCUACUGUCACAGUCAAUUUCACAGCUGUCUUCUCCCUCCCCUUGCAAAGAAGAUAGGCUGUGUGGUGGGGCUGCACAACCAUGGAUUUUGGAGGCCAAAGUCUUUAUUGGACACAGCUAGAUUCACUCUGUCUUUUAACAGUCGGCAUAGGAAAAUCCAUCAGGAUUCUCAAGCUCUGUGGAAGCAUGAGGCUGUGCAGAAGUAUCUGGAGACUUUAAGCAAGGAAUACCAGCAGGUUAGUCAUCUGUUAAAGGCAGACUCGUUGAAUGACUUUGAGCAAAGAACCCUGAGGAGAAGAUAUGCCGAUCUGUCCCCCAUUGCAGCUGCAUUUCAAGAAAUCAAAGAAGCUGAAAAAGAAGUUCAGGAGUUAGAAGCUAUGUGCAAAGAGCUAGACAGGAGAGAUGAGAAACAACUUCUAGAGCUUGCCUUAGAAGAGAAGGAAACUCUGGAUGAAAAAAUGAACCUGUUGUGCAGAAAGCUUUUCCAGCUUCUAGUGCCAAAGGAUAAAUAUGAUGGAAGUCCUGUCAUAUUGGAAGUGACAGCUGGCAGAACAACUGGAGGUCAGCAAAGUCCCUACAGUGAAGAUUGCUUCAAACCUCCAUCCAACUUUAUUGAACCUCUUAUGGGAGACAUCUGCCAGCAGUUCACUAAAGAAAUGUUUGAGAUGUACCAGAACUAUGCAGACUACAAACGUUGGACCUUUGACAUUGUGAACUAUACGCCAGCUGAGAUAGGAGGGUUGCAUCAUGCUGCUGCUCAUAUUUCAGGAGAGGAUGUCUACAGGCAUCUGAAAUAUGAAGGAGGGACUCAUCGAGUCCAGCGAAUCCCCGAGACGGGCAUGUCGUCAAGAAUGCAGCGUAUCCACACUGGGACAAUGUCAGUUAUUGUCCUCCCUCAGCCAGAGGAGGUUGAUAUUAAAGUGGAUCCCAAAGAUUUGCGUAUAGAUACAUUCAGGGCCAAAGGAGCAGGAGGGCAACACGUUAACAAAACUGAUAGUGCUGUGAGAAUUGUACACCUUCCCACAGGACUGGCAGUGGAGUGCCAGCAGGAGCGGUCACAGCAGCUGAACAAGGAAAUAGCUCUGCGGACACUGAGAGCUAAGCUGUACCAGCAGAUCAUUGAAAAACAACUAAGUCAAGAGCAGAGUGCCAGAAAACUGCAGUUGGGAACAAGAGCCCAGUCAGAAAGAAUUCGUACUUAUAACUUCACCCAGGAUAGAGUCACUGACCACAGGAUCUCAUAUGAGGCACGAAAUAUCAAGGAAGUUCUAUAUGGGAAAGAAGCCCUGGAUAAGCUAAUCAACAGACUACUGGAGUUUGCAGAGAUAGAGGCUGUCACUGAGUAUCUAGAAAAUCUGCAGGCUUCUGAAGGAGGAGGCUGCUGACAACCAUGGGUAGAGUUAAACCAAAAAUGUUGUGUUCGGUAGCAAAAUAAAACAGAUGCGUUUGUUGGAUGAUGGGUUGAUUAAAAUCUAUUCUUCUGUUUCUCAA